AUGAAACUUAAACUGCGGCCGGGGAGUCCGAAGACUGGAGUCGCCGAGGUGAUACGACAGGGAUUUUCUGUCCAAGAGUUCCUCGACGGUUCCAAAUAUGAGGGGAAUUUCGUUAAUGGACUCAAACACGGCGAGGGAAGGUACACAUGGAAAAAUGGGGAGUUCUAUGAAGGUUCUUUCUACAAAGACUACAGGCAUGGCGAUGGAAUGUACUGUUGGCCAUCAGGCAAUAAAUUCAUCGGCAAAUUCUACCUUAACUGGAGAGAAGGUUAUGGAGUACACAUUUUCCCUGAUGGAGCUACAUUUAAGGGUUUGUACCAUGCUGACCAGAGGUUUGGUCCGGGUGUACUUUCUGAGUCAAAUGGAUGUCAGGAUGUGGGUCUUUGGCAUGGGAAACAUCUGAUACAACUGUGUACCUCUGUACAAGGCAGCUUCAGCCUAAAGAAUUUUACUGAAUAUGCUGCCUAUUUGGAGAAAGCCAUCUUCUCCCAUUCUCAAAGACAGGUAGACACAGAUGAGAGUUGGCUACCUAAUGACACAAAUAAUGCUUUCCCUUGUGGUAUGGAGAACUACUCUGCAGAUGGUGACCACCUACCCUUCCCCCCAGACCGUAAACGAGAGUUUGACAAACAUUUUUAUGGCCAGCUGGGAGAACCUGACUCUCAUGUGUAUAAAGGCCACCGAGAACAAUCACACAACAGCCUGCCCUUACAAGUCCGUAUAUUGGCUCACGUUCACAAGCACAGCCAGCAGGCUGAAAAGUUAGACUGGGAUGUUGAUGCAGUUCUUUCAUUAAAAAGGGACCGUUUUGGUCCUAAAGGACAGUUGGAAGUGACAUCAGAGCUGUUGAUCCAGCAGGCAUCCAUAGGAAAAGGACCAGCUAUUUUAAAAAUUCUUCUAGAUGGCCUUGUUCAUCCUGAUGUAGCAGACUCUCAGGGGCACACUGCACUGAUUGCUGCCACAGUUAACUGUCAUAAUGACGUAAUCCAGUUGCUGUUAGAUUUGGGUGCCGACAUCGACAAGGUGAAUUGCGAGGGGAUGUCGGCCUUGUCUGUUUGUCAUGUACUCUACUAUCCUUUUCAGUCUCUGUAUACGUUUGCAGGACUUACGUGCACAACACAAAUGACAUCUCCUACUAUGUCUCAUCAAAUUAGGCAGGCGGAGCCAAGCAAAGGCUCUAGUUGCAGUAAGAGAAUAAAAGGAAAAGCAAGGAACAGAAGAGAAGAUGGCAAGUUAGAAGGUGGUGAUAAGACAAGGGAGUUUUAUGAGGCUGAAGGGAGAGACGACAGUGGGACUGAGGACAAGGUCCUGCUUUCAGAACGCUCAGUUGAAGUGAAAGAGGGUCAUAUUGUAUUGGGCAGCGUGAAGUGGAAGGAAUAUUUAUCCAAACCUGCAAAGCAGGACACCAACAAAAAUGUCAAUGCAGGACACGCUUUUGACUCUGGGUGCUGCAUGUACAACUACAACAUCCAUGUCACUGAGAGUCUACUGCAGGAAGCAGCCGAUGCGUUGAGCCAUGCUUGGUUUCAGCAGAAUUCUGGUGAUACUGAGGAGACUGUUCGCAAAAUGGCUGCAAUGAAAUUUGAGCACCGUGUUCGUUUGACCACACUGAAUCUAUUACUGGAUCGAGGAGCUGACCCAAACACCUCAAGAAUCCCCUUACCUGUCAUCUUUUUGGCCAUUUUGGCAGCAGAUACUAACACUGUCAGGAAACAUUUACUAUGUGGAGCACGAACAGACAUUUCCCUCCCUCCUAAGAGGAAAGGACUUUAUCCUCUUCAUGUAGCUGCAGCAUUGCCAGGUCUGGAAGGUCCUGAAAUCACAAAACUGCUGCUGCAUGCUUUAACGGAUCCGGAUGCACGGGCAUGCGAUCAAGACGACAUCUAUGAACCAGAUAAGGGUCCCACAAUAACAGCAAAAUCCUGGAGGAUCCGUAAUAAACCACUUCCUAAGGAAGGAGGUCGAACAGCUCUGCACAUAGCCUGCCAGAGAGACAGCGACUAUUGUAAUGCCAGCAAGGUAGUAUCUCUCUUGCUCUCCUACAAAGCAAGCACGGACUUCCUCUGGAGCGGUCAUUCUCCUCUUUCUUUGGCUAUAGCAAGUGGCAAUAACACAGCAGUGGAAGAGCUUUUAAAAGGAGGUGGCGAUCCUAACCUUCCCUUAGGUCGUGGAGUGGGCAGUGCCCUUUGUGCCCUUGGAAACUUCAACUAUCGAUUAGAUGCCAACAGACCAAGACUGCUUGACAUGUUAGAGAAGGUUGGCGCAGACAUACUGAUGCCAGUUCAGGUUGGUGAUUCUAUCGGAACGGCAGUGGACUACGCACACGUCUCCUUCGACCAGGAUUCCGGUAUAGCCCAUACUCCAUAUCAUGCACUUAGCAUGGCGGGUAGAGAGACAUUCAGAAUACAGCGUCUGCUCCUAAGCAUGAUGGGAAGUCUGCUCAAGAAGACUGUUGCCCAGAGAGAAAGAGAGCAUCUCGAGAGAGAGGAGUGCCGUGUACAGAGUGGUAAGUAUUCUGGCAAAAUACAUAUCAACUCAUACUUUCCUCCCUCUGCAGUAAAACGACGGUCACCAUUUAGGUUCUGCUACCAUUGCGGCCGCUCUGCUGCUGUGAAGCUAACUGCUUGUACUCGCUGCCACAAAGUCUUUUACUGCUCAAUGGCCUGUAAACUGAUAGCAUGGGAUGAGAGACACAAGGAGGAGUGUCUGCGGGAGGCAGGGUCUGUUCCAGUCAAUUUUGAGAAGAGAUUCAUGAUCCAGACCAAAAAAGGACCCAAGACGAUCAUAUUUUCAUCCAGAAGACCAUUUAAUGUCCAGUUUAAAUCCCAAGUCAUGGUCCUUGAUGACAAUAAUCCAGAUUGGCAAGAUAUCAACCUGAAGGAAAACUAUAGCUACAACUGA